AUUUUCUUAAUCAUAAAAUCGUAAUAAAAAAGUUUUGAUAAAUUGGCAGAAAAUCCUUAUUGCAACGGAUUUGACCGUUGGAAUCAUAGAACUUUACAUUCUGUGCUUUCCAAAUCACAAUUAAUCCAUUAAGUAAUUUUUUAAUGAUCAUUACCAAAGUAGCGCUUUUGUUUGUGAAAUCGUCAUUGUCCACAGAACAAUUAAAUUAAUAUGGUCAUUUGUCAUGCUGUCAGUACUUACUUUAUCUGUAACUGUAGAACCUAUAUAAUCUCAUCAUAAAUAGGAAAAAAAAACUAUAGACACAAUAUAUUUCAAAAACUUUUAUAAAUUAGUUAUGAGCAGCUAAAUGUUUUUUCAACGCAAUACUCUUCUCAGCUGUUUAUUUACUUGAUUUGUCAACAAGAACACUUCGAGACCGAAUAGUAAACCUAAUGUUAACUGUUAAUCCUAUAUAGUCCAGGACAAUAAUGCACUUUAACGCUGUGUUAUCACAGAACAAGGCAUGUCGUUUACUCUGCACUAAAACCAUUUGAGAAUUAUAAGGAAACAGUUGUUAUAAGAAAAUCACUUUAAAGUUACAAAUUCUAAUUGCGGAGUUAUUUGCACAUUUUAGUAACCAUGUUAUCAUAAAUCAGACACUUAAUUUUUUAUUUUAGAGUACACUUCUUGGGUUUUUACUAAAUAGAAAACCAGUUUAAAAGAAUGCGUUUGCAAACAUGCCUAUGGGUUCGGUAAACUCGGAUUGACAUACUGGAGGGUUUGGAGUUCAGAGCUCUAGGUACUGCGAAUAACUGGAUUAAUGAAACUCCCAAGUUGAACGUUCCUAGCCUGCAUAUACCAUAUAGCCUGUGAUUUAUGGCUUGCGUUAGUAUAUUUAUAUUUUUUAAUUAGCUGCUUACCGACGAUGCCAUUGCAGUGCUUAUCUUUUAAUUAAUUUCUAAUUAAAAUGGGGUUCUUACUAAGUUUAAGAUGUUGGACUCGGCUUCUAGUGUGCCGUGGGUAUAAAACCGUAAGGGUUCCUGUGAAUUGGCAUCAGUUGACUCACGAGUAACAAAGCAAAUAAUUAUUAUAAAGCAAAGCAAAUAUGGCCCUGCGAUUCGUUGUUGUGAUCAGUGCCUGGUUAGUCCUUGCCCAAGGAUCUUUUCUCCACGGAUCUCUGAAUGAAGCCCACCAAUCGGACAUUGUUGGUGCUGAAGCGGAGGUUCCCCAGGAGGGAUACUUGCCUGCUGAGGAUGUUAUAGAGCCACAUUCGCUUCAUCAUGAAUCUGAGGGAGUAGGACACCAUCAUCAUGGAGGACAUAACUUUCAGUCUCAAUCCCAUCAUCACGAGCAUGGCCCCCAUCAUCACCUGGAGUCGCAUCAUCACCUGUCUGAGUCCCAUCAUCAUCAUCACUUGUCCGAGUCGCACCAUCUCAUCCAUGGCUCUCCCCAUCACCAUCAUCACCUGGAGGCCCCCCAUCACGGAGCCCAUCACCACCAUCAUUUGGAGGCCACACACCACGGAAUUCACGGAUCUCAUGGAGUUCACCACGUGCAUCAUCAUCGCAAUUGUCAUGCAACCAUCCACUGCCCCAGCUACCAUAGCCCAACUUAUGCCACCGAUGGACAUCUCUGCUAUAAGGUGGAGAACUCCUGCGAAUUGGCCAUUUUGAACUGCCUGCGUCGCAAUGAACUUAAGCCACUCUUGAGACACAUCAGUGGCCACGAGUGCCACCAUCUUCCCAGCGCUCACAGAUCCCACAGAGCCCAUUAACCUGUACAGAGAAUUACUGAAUCCCUGGUCAUAUUUACCCAAUUAUUCCCUAUCCCGACUUUUGCGUAACAAC